UCCUAAAAGAAACAUAUAAUCAUAUACGGAGACAAGUAUUACACACCACGGCACCAUAUAAUUUGGGUACAUUUGCCUACUUUUUAAACAGUGGCAAUCUAGUUACGUAAAUCUAGUUAUGACCAUGCUAUCUUUUUAUUUUAUUUUUUGUUUACAAAAACUAUGACAUCCUAAACUCAAUAAAUAGCUCCCUUUUAUUCCUCAGCGUGACCUGCUUUUAUAAUAAUCACUCAAAAAAAGGGAGGAGUUAUAGAAAGUCUCUUCAACAUUUUUGUCUCCUAAUAAUCACUGAAAAAAUGGAGUUGGAUUUAACACCGAAAACAGCAGAAACAUUGUUUGAAGGAGACGGUGGUAGUUUUGUUCAAAAAAAAUAAAAGGAGACGGUGGUAGUUACUACGUUUGGUCGAGUUCUCAAAUGCCAGUGUUAGCCUCAACCAACGUUGGUGCUGGUCGCCUUGUGCUUAAGCCUCAAGGCUUUGCUCUUCCUCAUUAUGCAGAUUCCUCUAAAGUUGCUUAUGUCAUUCAAGGUACUGAUGGUGUAGUUGGAACUGUACUCCCCAACACUGAAAAAGAAGUUGUUUUGAAACUUAAGCAAGGAGACAUCAUACCUGUACCUAUUGGAACCAUUUCAUGGUGGUACAAUGAAGGUGGCUCAGACCUUAUAGUUGUUUUUCUUGGGGAAACUUCUAAUGCUCAUGUUCCUGGUCAAUUCACCUAUUUCCUUCUAACUGGAGGUCAAGGAAUUAUAGGAAGUUUCUCCAAUGAGCUCACUAGCAAAGUGUAUAAUUUGAACAAAGAUGAGGUUAACAAGCUAACAAAAAGUCAAACUGGGCUUUUGUUAGUCAAGCUAGAAAAAGACCAACCCAUGCCUAAGCCCACAAUGGACCUCACUAAAAAGCUAGUCCUUGAUAUUGAUGUUGCAAAGCCAGGAAUUGAAGUACAAAAUGGUGGAUCAAUUACAACAAUAACGGAGUCAGAAUUUCAUUUUAUUGGGGAUGUUGGGUUAAGUGUGAUCAAAGUGAAACUUGAAUCAAAUACUAUUAAGGCACCAUCUUAUUUAGUCAAUCCUCUGGUUCAGUUAAUUUACAUUGCUAGAGGAUAUGGAAAGAUUGAAAUUGUGGGCUUGAAUGGAAAACGUGUAUCAGAUACUCAAGUUAAGCCUGGUCAUUUGAUUGUUGUACCAAAGUUCUUUGUGAUUGCUCAAAUUGCAGGUGAAGAAGGAAUGGAGAGUUACUCUAUUGUAACAACUACAAAGCCUUUGAGCGAAGAAUUGGCUGGUAUGGCAUCAAUUUGGAUUUCUGCUCUUCCCCAUGUACUUUUCGUUCGCGCCCUGCAGCCAUUCCUAAAAUACCUUUGCGCUAGUUAACUAACGCAAGUGUUAAAAUCUGCGCAACUUAGGUCAUGCAGCGUGAGUUAAGUCACGCCGGGGUCAAAUUCAUUUUCCAUCUUUUUGCAGCAAAUUAUCCACUUGCACAAAAGUCCAAAAACCAGUGGGUCUGGAUAUUAUAGUUAUUACUAUUUGAUUUGGAAUUUAAUUGAAUCGGUGGGUUUAGUAACAUAGAGAUUGAUACAUGUGAAAACACCACAAACUUCAGGCUUAAUGUUUAUCCUCAUGGUUGGAGGGUGCACCGUAUAUCAAGCAUUUAUCAUCCACUCUUUUUUAACUGCUCUUCUUUGUCGUCUUCUUCUCUGGAAUGGUUAGAGGCACCGUAUAUCAUAUUUUUUGAAAUGUUUAAAACCAGCGUGACUUAAUUCACGCAGCGCUAUUUAAAUUACGCAUAAAAUACAAUGUGCGUUAGUUAAGUCACACUGUGUGACUUAACUAAUACAGGGGUAAUUUGGGCAAGGCUGCAGAGCGCGAGUAUUUUGUGCUGGGGGAGAGCAGAAAUCAUCAAUUUGGGGAGCCUUAUCACCUUUAUUGCAACAAGUGGCGCUUAAUGUGGAUUCUGAAUUUCAAAACCUUUUUAUAUCAAAAGAUCAAGGAAACUACAAAUGUGAGCCCCCUACCAUUUAGUAGGACUGUUUCGUAAUAUAAUAUGUUCUAAUGUACGCUAUGUUUGUUGUUUAUAAUAUCAAAUUUUGAUCAUAUGAGCUUGGCAUGGGAACAAUUAAUAUAGUACUAAUUCUAAAACUUGAUGGAGAAUAGCUCAACCCGAUAUACUCAACAAGAGAAGAAUGUGGGUGUUAAUGGCUUGGUCAAUAUUUCCUACCAAUUUGUGCCACGUGACUCAAAGUUUUGUAUCUUGCAUUCUUCAUUUUGAUAAGGUGUGAUAAAGAUUGGUUUGCUCAUUUAUUUGCAUAUACAUUGUAUUUGAUUUGAUAUGAUACGAAAGUAAAACAAAGAUUGGUAUAAAUGGAGUAUAUCAAUAUGU